AGCCCAUCAGUUCCAGCAAGUCUCGAUCAUUUAGUCAUGGUGACUCAUCUCUACCUAGGUGUCAUAAUCUUGUCUGUUUUUGCAACAACUGUUGCUAAUGCAGCUAUCCAAGUACAUUGUGGGGAAGGCUCGGUAGCUGUCACAUGGAGGAUCAGUGCAGAGUUUGUGCCGCAUGCGGCGCGACACUUCCUUGGAAAUUGCAAGCCGUCUCACUUAGAGGUUCUGCCGACUGGAGAGGGGAACGUGCUUUUCAACUACAACUUUGCUGACUGCAAAUUUAAAAAGCGGAUAAAAGGAAAGUACCUCAUCUAUCAAAAUGAAAUGAGUUACAGACCUCAUGCAAGGCCUAAACCUGCAGCUUCUGUGCACCACAUUGAAUGUGUUUAUAAAAGACCUGACGUAUGGGUUCCCCCUUUUUUGAACCCUGGAUCAGGCGUUUCUCAUGGUCAUGGGGGGCUGGUCUUCCAUAUGGCACUCCUUGAUGAGCAACUACAGGGCGUAGCGAAAACAAACGUCAUCCCCCUGGGCUCGUUCAUGCCAAUUUGGGCAUCAGUGGAGCAGAUGUCCCAUCAGCCGUUGCUACUGCUCAUGGAGGAAUGUGUGGCAGCCCCCACAGCCGAGAUCCACUCUGGUACCCAGGUUUACCCAAUAAUUGGCAACAAAGGGUGUCUUUUCGAAAGCAUGAGGGGAAACGCUAUGUUCCUCCCUCGGUACCACUCAUCUGCAAUCACACUCUACCUGCAGUCCUUCAAGUUUAGUCUGGGAGAGGAGGUGUACAUCCACUGUAAACUGGUUGCAUGGGAUCCUGAAGUUCUCGAUGAAACCAAGAAAGCGUGUCAUUAUGUAAAGGAAAAUGUGAGAUGGGAACUACUUGAUGAUCCGUUCCAGAGUUCUCUCUGCAGCUGUUGUGAUUCAACCUGCACGUCUCGGCACAGAAGAGGACUUGAAUGGGAUUCCCACAGUCUGAGUCACGUGUCUGUGUUGGGACCCCUCAUCAUUCUGGACCAGUCUGACUUGACUGCCAACAAAACAUCGGCUGCUGCAGCAAACUCAAAGGGUUAAUGAUCAACCCAAGUAGAAGCUCCUUAGACAUUUGCUGAAUGGACAAGAACUGUAAGGAUUUUUGAAGGUGUCCAACAUGGAAACAUAAUGCAGCACAAAGGAUAAAGUUUGUUUCUGCAGUGCAAGCUGAAGGAGACUCCUACACAACAGCAACAGAUCUCAAACUUCCUGAAAUGCAUCACAAGGCAAUAAACUUGACAUUUUA